AUGAGAAAGAUUGUCCUUCUUUUAGCUCUUUUGAGUUUGGCUUUCGCUGACUAAAACCCCAUUUUCUUGAACGAAACUUACAACACUGGUUUUGUUAAGAUCAGAAAGGAUAGCGACAUUUUCUAUUGGUAAUUUGACUCUCGUUCAAACCCUUCCACUGAUCCCUUGGUCAUUUGGUUGAAUGGUGGCCCUGGUUGCUCUUCCCUCACUGGUCUUUUUGCUGAAAAUGGUCCUUUCAAGGUCAAUGACGAUCUUACUCUCUCCUCCAACGCCUACUCUUGGAACUCCAAUGCUAACCUCGUCUUCGUUGACCAACCCGUAGGUACUGGAUACAGCAGAGCUGGUUUCAAUGAAUUCACUCACAACGAAACUUAAAUUGCUGAAGAUUUCUACUAAUUCUUACUCGGUCUUUAUGGUCGUUUCCCUCAAUUCAAGGGUAAGAAACUCUUCAUUACUGGUGAAUCAUACGCAGGUCACUACAUCCCUGCCAUCAGUGCUAAGAUUGUCUCUGAAAACAACUAAUGGAUCAAGCUCGCUGGUUCUGCCAUCGGUAACGGUUUGGUAUCUCCUUACUAAUAAUACCCCGAAUAUGCUAACUUUGCUUAUGAAAAUAACUUGAUCGGUAAGGUUAAAUACAACAUCUUAAAGGGAGCUUUCUGGGCUUGCCAACAAUUAAUUAAGGCAGGUGUCUCUUGGUUAGCUACCAUGGAAGAAUGCCAAUUAGGUGUUACCAGCAUUUUGGGUAAUCCCUUAAAACCUAAAUUCAAUGUUUACGAUAUCAGAGACAAGUGUUCUACUCCUCCUCUCUGUUACGAUUUCUCUAACAUUGACAAGUUCCUUGCUUUACCUCAAGUUAUCUAAGCUCUUGGUACUCAAGGCAGAAAGUGGGUUGAAUGCUCUAAGCCUGUUCACUUAGCUUUAACUGCUGACUGGAUGUUAGAUCUUUCUCCUCAAGUUUCUUACCUCUUAUCUAAGGGUGUUAAGGUCCUCGUUUACUCUGGUGACUAAGAUUUCAUUUGCAACUGGAGAGGUGGUGAAAAGUGGACCUACGAACUCUAAUGGAGCAAACAAAAAGAAUUCUAAUAAACCGAAUACACUUAAUGGUAAAACUUCGGUGCUUACAAGACUGUUGAUAACUUCACCUUCUUAAGAGUCUACUAAGCUGGUCACAUGGUUCCUAUGGAUCAACCUCAAGCUGCUCUUGAAAUGCUUAACCUCUUCAUCAGUGGUCAACCCUUGUGA